GCCGUUGGAGCCGCCCUGGAGCCGCCGAGCCCGGCUUCGGCGCUUUCCCGCGUCUCAGCCAAGUGCUUGGUGCCAUGGAGAUCGUAUACGUGUACCUGAAGAAGCGCAGCGAGUUCGGGAAGCAAUGCAACUUCUCGGACCGCCAGGCGGAACUGAACAUCGACAUUCCGCCCAACCCCGAGCUGGCCGAGCAGUUCGUGGAGCGAAACCCCAUCGACACAGGCAUCCAGUGCUCCACCAGCAUGUCCGAACACGAGGCCAACACCGAUCGGUUCGAGAUGGAGACGCGGGGGAUCAAUCACGUCGAGGGGGGAUGGCCCAAAGAUGUGAACCCCCAGGAGUUGGAGCAGACCAUUCGCUUCCGGAAGAAGGUGGAAAAGGAUGAGAAUUACAUCAACGCCAUCGUGCAGCUGGGCACGAUCAUGGAGCACUGUAUCAAACAGAACAACUCCAUCGACAUCUACCAGGAGUACUUUGACGAUGAGGACCCGGCGGAGGUGAUGGAGGAGGCCCCUUCAGCUAAGACCAUCAAUGUCUUCAGGGAUCCCCAGGAAAUCAAGCGGCCUGCCACACACCUGUCCUGGCACCCUGAUGGCAGCCGGAAGCUGGCGGUGGCGUAUUCCUGCCUGAAUUUCCAACGGGCACCCCAGGGCAUGAGCAAUGAGUCCUACAUCUGGGACCUGGACAACCCCAACAGGCCUGAGAUGACCCUGAAGCCGGCCUCCCCUCUGGUCACCUUGGAGUACAACCCCAAAGAUUCCCACGUGCUGCUGGGGGGCUGCUACAACGGGCAGAUUGCCUGCUGGGACACGCGGAAGGGCAGCCUGGUGGCAGAGCUGUCCACGAUCGAGUUCAGCCACCGCGACCCCGUGUACGGCUCCAUCUGGCUGCAGUCCAAGACAGGCACCGAAUGCUUCUCGGCGUCCACUGACGGGCAGGUCAUGUGGUGGGACAUCCGGAAGCUGAGUGAGCCCACCGAGGUGGUGAUCAUGGACAUCACCCGGAAGGAGAUGCUGGAAAACGCCCUGGGGGCCAUCUCGCUGGAAUUCGAGUCAGCACUGCCCACCAAGUUCAUGGUGGGCACAGAGCAGGGCAUCGUCAUCUCCUGCAACCGCAAGGCCAAGACGGCGGGCGAGAAGAUCGUGUGCACCUUCUCGGGCCACCACGGCCCCAUUUAUGCGCUCCAGAGGAACCCCUUCUACCCCAAGAACUUCCUGACGGUUGGCGACUGGACGGCUCGCAUAUGGUCGGAAGACAGCCGAGAGUCAUCCAUCAUGUGGACGAAGUACCACAUGGCUUACCUCACGGAUGGCACCUGGAGCCCUGUGAGGCCGGCCGUGUUCUUCACCACCAAGAUGGAUGGGACCCUGGACAUUUGGGACUUUGUGUUCAAGCAUUGCGACCCGGCGCUCAGCCUGAAGGUGAGCGACGAGCCCCUUUACUGCCUCCGGGUGCAAGACAACGGGACCUUCAUCGCCUGUGGCUCCCAACUAGGGACCACCACGCUGCUGGAGGUGUCCCCCGGACUCUCCACCAUGCAGAAGAACGAGCGGAACAUGGCUUCCUCCAUCUUCGAGCGGGAGACGAGACGUGAGAAGAUCCUGGAGGCGCGGCACCGGGAGAUGCGGCUGAAGGAGAAGGGCCGCGCCGAGGGCCGGGACGAGGAGCUGCGGGACACCGAGCUGUCGGGUACCAUGGACGAGCUAGUGGCCAAGGCGGAGGAGGAGUUCUUCGACAUCAUCUUCUCGGAGCUGAGGAAGAAGGAGGCGGAGGCCUUGAAGAACAAGCAAACGCCUACGCUGGCUCAUGUGGAGGAGGAGCAGGACAUGCAGAGCGAUGGCGAGGGGGCCUCCGAGGGCGAGGGGGUGAGCCCCCUGGGGGAGACCAACGAAGCCGAGGAGCCUUAG